GCUUCUUCUUCUGUUGUUGUCAUCGGGGUUCGGUCCGUGAUGCGGUAGAAGAGGUUAACUUUAACCGGAGAAGAUGGAGCGCAACGGGGGGUCCGACACGGAGGGAGACGACACACCACUGCUUCACCGAGGACACGAAGACAAAGUCACGAGAGCCCCAGCAUGCUGCUCUUCCCGCUACGGCCUGGCGCUGCUCUCCUCGUUGGGCUUCUUCGUGGUCUACUCGUUGCGGGUGAACCUCAGCGUGGCCAUGGUGGACAUGCUGAACAACACCCGCCACUCCAGCACCAACCACAGCGGCUCGGUGUGUCCGGCUCACGCCAACCCAGCACGGCCCAAACACAACCACACGGCCAGCGUGUACAACUGGGACUCUGAGACUCAGGGCUGGAUCCUGGGCUCCUUCUUCUACGGAUACAUCCUGACCCAGAUCCCCGGCGGCUACCUGGCCGGCCGCUAUGGACCCAAGUGGCUGAUGGGCUUUGGGAUUCUGGGAACUGUAGUUUUUACUCUGCUCACCCCCGUGGCCGCCGACCUGGGUGCGAGCUACGUCAUCGCUGUCCGGGUGCUGGAAGGGAUCGGAGAGGGAGUGACGUUCCCCUCCAUGUACACCAUGUGGGCCGCCUGGGCUCCACCGCUGGAGAGGAGCCGCCUGCUCACCAUCUCCUACAUCGGAGCCCAGCUGGGGACGGUGGUCUCUCUCCCUCUGUCCGGUGAAAUCUGCUUCUACCUGGACUGGACCUACGUCUUCUAUAUAUUUGGUGCUGUCGGCCUCGUGUGGUUCUUCUUGUGGUCUUUCCUCGCCUUUGACAGUCCGAACACUCACCCACGGAUUUCAGAGCAGGAGCGACUCUACAUCACCGGCUCACUGAAGAACGAGAUCAUGCCGGUCGCUGGUUUACCGCCGCCUCCAUCGGUUGCUUGUCUCUCCACCUCAGCGGGUCACAUCCCCUGGAGAGCCAUCGUGUCCUCCAGACCGCUGUGGGCCAUCGUGGUGGCUCACUUCUCCUACAACUGGACCUUCUACACCCUCCUCACCCUGCUGCCCACUUACAUGAACGACGUGCUGGGAUUCAGCAUCCAGCAGAAUGGUUUGCUCUCCGCUCUUCCUUACGUUGGCUGCGCCGUGUUUGCUGUUGUGAGCGGUCAGCUCGCCGAUUACCUGAGAGAAACCUGCCUCUACCGCACCGUCACCGUCAGGAAGUGCUUCUCCGUCGUCGGUAUGCUCGGCCCGGCGGUGUUCCUGGUGGCGGUGGGUUAUACCGGCUGUAACUACACGCUGGCCGUGACCUUCCUCACCAUCUCCUCGGCUCUGGGCGGAGUGUCGGCCUCCGGCUUCAACAUCAACCACCUGGACAUCGCUCCUUCGUAUGCUGGUAUCCUGCUGGGAAUCACCAACACCUUUGCCACCAUUCCCGGCAUGGUGGGACCGGUCAUAGCCACAGCGCUCACCAAACAAAACACCAUCGACGAGUGGCAGAGCGUGUUCUACAUCGCCGCCGCCAUCAACGUGUUCGGAGCGGCGUUCUACACUCUGUUCGGACGAGGAACCGUGCAGCCGUGGGCCGUCCACGCCUCCUACUCCCACGGAGACUGAGGACGAGGACGGGACGAGGUCUCACUGUUAUUAUUACUAUUCAACAGGUAAUCGGAGAGAUGUGGCUCCAGCUGUGCUGUUGAUGCUCACAGUGAGUAACGGCCAUUAGAACCCUCGAGGACGUUCCUCUUACUGCGACUGAGGAACCUGCAAUCGCAGUAAAAGACAAAGCUUCGUUUUAUUUUUAAGCAAUAUUUCUUUGAGGCAAAAAUAAUAAUUGAACAGAGCAAACAAUCACAGAGGAAGUUUAUUACUCUGCUGGAAAUAAAGGGAAUAUAAGCUGCAGGUUAUUUAAACCUUUUAGAUUUAACUCCAUGUUGAGUGAGCUGUGAAACACGAAUGUAAAAAACAACGUAGCUCCUUAGUGGUGUUCAGAGACGACUGAUGAAGCUUCUUUCUCUCUGUUUACGAUCUUCAGAAGUCUUCAUUCAGUUUGAUCGUUUUAAAUAACUGAGAAACAUGUCCGACUGUCGGACACGUGCUGCAGUAAAAUGAGAGCUUUUCUAAACGGACAAUUCAAGUUCUUUGUUGUAACUUUAAUGAAAAUCAUCCUCAAAUGAAAUGUCACAUAAAUAUGAAUCAUGAAGUGAAAACGUUGAGCCCACCGUGACUUAAACCAAACCAAUCAGCUUCAUUAAUCUCUGGUAAUAUUUAAUAUGAAGGCUUUUUGGUGAAAUCUCUAAUUCAUUAUUUUACUGGAACAUAUUCCACAAUACAUCUACAUUCAAUGCAACACUUUCAAAAGUAUUACAGAUUUAAUAUUGUUAUAGUUUUCACACCAAACGCUCGUCGACUGGUUCACUACAGCUGUAUGACCCCAAAAUAAACUCAUUUUAUUGCGAUUUAAUUGCAAUAAACUGAUAAAAAAGAUGCUGAAAUAACGACAUAAUGAUGCAGAUUUUAAAAAGUCUGACUUCAUGUUUUGUUCGUUCUCUUCACAAGACGACAAACAACGUUUAAAACUUGUUUUCUGGAUCCAUCGGUGCUAUGCUACGCUAACAAUGUAGCAGCUCCAUUAAGACUCAAAUAACGUCAUGUCGGCGUAAAUACAACAACAGAGUUCUUGUUUAUAGCGCAGACAGUCUGUGGUUCACACACACAGUUACUCGCUGAGCUCAACUGUUAUUUCUGCCUCCAGAGAACGUCUGCUUCUAAAACAUCUGCAUUCACCUCAGAACUCUUUGAGUUCUCGCCAAAGUAAAAGUCUAUAAACUCUUUCACUCCUGUAAAGUUUGGGAUGAGUUUAGUCUUUUAAAGAUGAUGUAACGUCCUCCCAAACCCGGCGCUCACAUUUGAUGACAUCGCUCUUGAAGAGGACGGAACGCACAAACCCGUUUGGGGUGAAAUGCCUUAAAGUGAAUCCUCUUUACAAUCAUUGUUCAGCUCUUUGUUUCUUUGUGUUUACUUCUCAUGUGGUGCCGUAUUGGUGGGAUUUUAUGUGCACAAUAAGUAUGUCUUAGGUUUGUCUAGCAGGCUUCUCUUUCAGUUCAUGUUCAUGUUCAAACGUUUCUUGUUGUUAUUGUGCAACACUAAGAAGAAGCGCUGGUUCCUGGUGGACUCGCAGGAUUUAAACGUUCUCAGGUAUCUUCUCUUUGUUUACCUUUUUAAUUUGAAGAUGAUUUCAAACAGCACAAUUCUCCAAAAACUCAAAAUACGUCAUUCUUUGUUUUUAUUAAUGUGAUCAGAUGUGUUUUUUCUCCAUAAAGUCUGUACACAUGUAUAUAAUACUGUAUGUACCUUUAUACUUCAUGACUACAGAAGGGAAACAUUUAGUAUAUGUAAUCAUCAUCAUCAUCAUCAUCUGGAUUUAAGAAGCUCCGCCUUAUACUUAAUACUUAUGAGCUCAAACAGGGUCAGUUCAUCUAGUUACUGCUGUUUAUUUCAUUUGAACAUUAUAUACAGAAACAAAAGGGACUUUUUAUGAUUCUUGUAAACUUCAGAAAAAUGUCUUAAAUCAUUUACUGUAAAUACUUCAUCAUAUACAACAAUGCUCAAAUCUCA